CUAUCAAAAACCACCAAAAAAUCUAUACCUUUUCUUUUCUUUUCUCUUCUCACUCACUCCUUCAUCAACCUACUUACUACCUACCAUCUCCAUUACAUUUUUUUCCUCUCUUUUUCUUUUCUUCUUUCCCAUUCAAUUAUCAUGACUACUGCAGUUAGUGCUGCAGUUUCUCUUCCAUCUUCCAAGUCUACUUCUCUUCCAACUAGAACCUCUGCUAUCUCAUCUGAAAGAAUCACCUUCAAGAAGGUUCCAUUCUACUACAGAGAUGCUUCUACAGGAGGGAGAGUGGUGUCAGUCAGAGCCCAAGUCACCACCGAGGCUCCUGCUAAGGUUAAGAAAGAAUCUAAGAAAGAUGAAGAAGGUGUCGUUGUUAACAAGUUCAAACCUAAGAACCCUUACAUUGGCAGAUGCCUUCUAAACACUAAGAUCACUGGUGAUGAUGCUCCUGGAGAAACCUGGCACAUGGUCUUCAGCACUGAAGGAGAGGUCCCUUAUAGAGAAGGGCAAUCCAUUGGGGUGAUUGCUGAUGGUGUUGACAAGAAUGGGAAGCCUCACAAGCUGAGAUUAUACUCAAUUGCUAGCAGUGCUCUUGGUGACUUUGGAGACUCCAAAACUGUUUCUCUCUGUGUGAAACGUCUUGUGUACACCAAUGAGAACGGAGAGAUUGUUAAAGGAGUCUGCUCGAAUUUCUUAUGUGACUUAAAGCCUGGGGCUGAAGUUCAGAUUACUGGACCUGUGGGGAAAGAAAUGCUUAUGCCAAAGGACCCGAAUGCCACAAUCAUCAUGCUUGCAACUGGAACUGGAAUUGCUCCUUUCCGAUCAUUUUUGUGGAAAAUGUUCUUUGAGAAGCAUGAAAACUACAAGUUCAAUGGUUUGGCAUGGCUGUUCUUGGGUGUCCCCACUGGUAGCUCCCUGCUCUAUAAGGAGGAAUUUGAGAAGAUGAAGGAGAAGGCCCCCGAUAACUUUCGGCUUGACUUUGCUGUGAGCAGAGAGCAAAAGAACGAGAAAGGAGAGAAGAUGUACAUUCAAACUCGAAUGGCUCAAUAUGCAGAAGAGCUCUGGGAAUUACUGAAGAAAGAUAACACUUAUGUGUAUAUGUGUGGGUUGAAGGGCAUGGAGAAAGGAAUUGAUGACAUAAUGGUAUCACUGGCUGCUAGAGAUGGCAUUGAUUGGAUUGAGUACAAAAGGCAAUUGAAGAAAGCUGAGCAAUGGAAUGUGGAAGUCUACUAAAUGCUUUAAUUACUUGUACAAAUCACCCCCUUUUUCCCCUUUUUUUUUUCAAGCUACCAUGAAUCUCUAUAAUGAUUUCCUCUUCAUUGUGUAGAUAGUUAAUGUCUAUUAUUUUCUCCAUUUUCCCCCUUCUGUUGAUGAAGCAGUGUAUCUUCCAUUAUCUCUAAAGAAUUUUCAUGAGUUGAGGGAACGUCAUGUACCAUGCAAUAUAUUGCAGCAGAAUACAAAAUGCUUCUUAUGAGUUCUCUUUGUA